UAUCUACUUGGCACAACACAAAACUCCCAACAAAACGUAUCAAUUCAAUUCAGUUCGACUAGCACAUUCGAAUGUGAUUCACAUAUCGCGGAAUAAUAAAUCGAAAAAGUCUCUCUUCCUUCGGUCUCUCUAUACCCAUUCUCUCUGAUAGAUAAUUCAAACAAAAAAUAAAAGCCUUUAUAUUUUCCAGACAGUACCGAGUUUUGUGCAAAUUUUCAACUUCAAUUUGACAGCAAAUCACGCACAAUGACUUAAGUUACAACUCCACCCCCAACAAAAUGUCUGUUGCUGAUUUCCUAACUGAUUAAGUUUUCCAAUUCGCAAAUUAUUAGUUUAACAGCCCUGUUUUGCAAAUACGAAUAACUUGCGUGGAAAUUUAAGUGAGUUAAAUAGUGACAUGCUAGCAAUAUGCUAGAAGUGCACAAAAGUGAAUACGGCAGCGAUGAAAACUUCAAAAGACUUUUCUUUAAGACAGCUCGUUGAAACUAUUUGACAGGAAACUUGACAUACUCGACAAGACAGACAGAAUUUUUGGUAUUUUGCGGAACUGUAAAUGACAUUUCUUCGCAACAAUGACAGUGAGUCAUGUAAAUUUGUUACAAGUUUUCCUUGUAACUGUGGCAGCUGCAACUGUUUUAGGCACUUCUGAUAUUGGAUUACCUAUGAUUCAAAUUAACCAUGAUGAAGAUGACGAAUAUCCCGAUUUGCAGGAACAAGUGCAUUUAGAUGAUUUCUUUUGGACAGGAUCUGGCGAUGGACCACCUGAAUAUGUGAAAAAAAUACACACCGGGAUUAGCAAAGGAAAGGAUGUCAUUGUUAAAACAAAUACAGUUGUAGCAACAGUAUUUGUAGAAGGACACAAUGAAGUCGACAUUCCCAUCUGCUUGGAUUGCUUGGAUAAUGGCUUUCAACUUCCAUUGAACUUUUCAUCGAACGAUAGACGUUAUUGGUUGUUAACUGUUAUUUCUGGAUUCUAUUCAACAAAGGACACUCCAAUGCUGGAAGAGAAACUAGCUAAGCUCUAUCGAUUAGCAUUUACAAGGCAGCAAUCAAAACACUUGGGCAUUGGAAAUGGAUUUCAAUCCAAAGAAGGAGCCACACCCACUCGCGACUUAAAACUAGACCCACAAGAAAGUCUCAAAGAAAAAGACUAUUCCACCGACAACGAUGAAGAUGACCUGGAUGACUAUCACGAAAUUAAACGACGUCGUCGACGCAGGAAAAAGCGAAGAAGACGAAGACGUCAAUUGCAAACAGAAACCUAUCCCGACUAUCAACAACAACAACAACAAGAAUCCUCUGAAAGAGAUGAUUCUCCAGAACAACAAAGCAGUGACGACCAGGAUCUCGAAACACCAUCAACAACAACUACAGAGGAAAACCAACUCGCCUUCGAGCUAUUUAAUACUCAAUCUAACAAUGGGACCAAAGAAGACCUGCUCUUCCGACAUCCCAAUAAGACACCUGGAGUGGGUGUGGAUGGAAGUAGUUUCGCGCCACCCGGAUUUAAUGCUCCGGCAAUUUUUACCGACGACCAGGUCAGAAUUGUCAUUCAUAACGUCACGCAAAUAACCGAGGAAGACAUUCAAAGUGGCGGCCUGCCAAGUGUCAUUAGAGCCGGUGGUAGUGCUGGAACUGCUGGCGAGGACAUCAACGAGAAAAUCGAUGAGCGACCUCUUGCCAAUCAGACGGAAAUUAUUUACUCUGUGUUUGUGGGUGGCCGACCGGUGAUGGCCGUGACCGCGGCUAAUGACAUGAAACUGGUUAGCGAGUUGGAGGUUACCUCGGUAAUGGGAAAGGAUAUUUUCAUGAAAGCCGAACCUUACUUGCGCGAGCCUCAAGCAACACCUUUGGCGCCAGCAACAAGAAGCAGCGAUUCAGGUAUCAUAGCUUCUCUAGGAGACAAUCCACUGCUAUUAGUCAUCGGAUCCUUAGUGAUCCUCCUACUUAUAUUAUUACUUAUUGCCUUAUUGCUAAUGGGAAGACCUAAAAGAGAUUUACGUUCGGCAUCCAAACGAGCAUCAAGUCGUAAUGAGCUUCUUGCAGAAAAAAGCUCUCCUUUGCAUCACGAACACAUCAUUGGUCCACCCACAAUUCCACGUGUAAAACUAACUAACGAAGGCAUUCAGAAUUUUGCUUACGAAAACGAAACUACUCGAACGACUAUUCCAGCCCAAGUUCGAUCUAGACGUGGUUCGACAACUUCUAGUGACAACACAUCCGAUUCUUCAGUCUACACUCCCAUCAAUCCACCUAAUGCUGAUGUUCAAAGAAUGCUAGAUGAAAAAGCUGCAACUCUCUUUGACAAACGCAAACGUCGCCAAAGUCAAUAUGAGAAAUCGGAAAAUCAAGAAGCAAUUUACACAAAAGUCGUUUCCGAGCGAAAAACAGACAAAAAGCAUUCAUCAUCAUCGAACACGAAACACAAGACCAAACGACGGUACUUGUCUGAGAAUCGUGUUGGAUCGAUGGAAGAUGCACCGAAUCAUUCUUCGACCGAAACUACAGCAUCCAAUGAGAGUAUAGUUGAGGCAUUACGUCCAAGCUAUGAAAAUUUUGAACGCACAGAGGCCUUCAAUCCUCACAACAACUAUCAUCGAAAUAAACUUCUUCAAAAUCGAGUCUUCACCGAUAAGACUUAUGAUUGUGUCCCUGAUGAAAUGCCAACUCAGGCUAUUAAUCGUGAAAUUAUUCGAGCCCUCCAGCCUAGUGAGAAGUCAUCUGAGACCGGAAGUAUUGGAUCAUUCUUAUCGAUGGCUUCGGUGAAGAGUUUUCCAAAGCAAACUCUUCCGGAACCUUUGAAUAGAGUCUUAGAACCUGUCUUUGUCACUUAUUAUGACAACGUAGAUGAAACAAUACCCAAACCCCCACGCAAACAACGCGCUAACCCACCUCUUACCGAAGCUGUUGCUUCGAUAGAUAGGUUCCUAGAGCCAAAAGCUCCAAGAUCUAUGCGAGUUGCAUCUCAAAGUGACAAUCCCGAUCCAGGCGUGGUCGGUCCAAUAGUCUGGGAGAUACACAAGAAACGCAUGGCCUCAGAUAACGACGAUCAAGACUUUGCAUAUGAACCAGGCCCGAUUCGGGAUCCAGCCGAAACCAGAUCACACUAUCAGGGCUUACUAGAGGGCGCUCUAUCAAUGUACUCCAGUCAAGAUGACCUUCCGACACCGCUUCCGACGAAAAACUUUACAAACCAGCGAAAGCAAACAAAUCGCGAAUAUCGCGGCAAGUCCGCAGGCUCAAUGGAUAAUCCGAGGUCAUUAUCGGGGCCAAGGCCAUCUACAGCGCAGCCCGAAAAAACUUCGAUCAGCAACCAUUCCACACAGCCACCAUCACCGAAUAUGGGAGCUUGGGGGAGUGGUGGUGUUCAUCAGCCUUUGGUAAGGCCACUUAGUGCUGGACCUUUUCAUAGACCCGCCGAAACUCCACCGAGUACCAACCAGUCGUUGAAUAGAGAUGACUUAUCGGCUGCUCCGCUAAUAGAAGCUAUACAAAAUGAACUUCGGAAGUUCAAGCGGGACAAUUAAUUUGCACAGAGAGUCUUUCAAUACAAAAA